GUGAGAAGAGGGGGGAGCUCAGAACCAUUUACUCACAACCAACAACAGCGCACAUAUACUGUACAUAACAUCGCUAUUUCGGCGAGCAGACGAAGAACACGAAAAACGAAGAAAUAUUGUAGCCGAUAUAUCGCGUUAUACUCAUUUUUAUACACAAAAUAAACUGAGUUGUUGUCUUAUUUUUACUAAAUCUCUGAUACUGAAAUCGGUGUUGUUCUCUAACCGACCGGCAUGUCUUACCAAGGAAAGAAGAACAUUCCUCGGAUAACGAGUGACCGGCUGAUUAUCAAGGGUGGGAAGAUAGUCAACGAUGACCAGUCUUUUCAUGCAGAUAUAUACAUAGAAGAUGGGAUAAUAAAACAAAUAGGAGAAAACCUUGUUGUUCCUGGAGGGGUGAAGUCAAUAGAUGCCUAUGGUCACUUGGUGAUCCCAGGUGGAAUAGAUGUCAACACCAGUCUUCACAUGCCGUACCUGGGAAUGACCCCAGCCGAUGGCUUCUACCACGGAACAAAGGCAGCGCUGGCAGGAGGAACCACCAUGAUCAUUGACCACGUCCUCCCAGAGCCUGGAACAAGUCUCCUUGUUGCUUAUGAUCAGUGGCGAGAGCUGGCUGAUAGCAAAUCCUGCUGUGAUUAUUCUCUGCAUGUAGAUAUCACACGCUGGCAUGAAAACCUCACAGAAGAACUUGAAGCUUUAAUCAAGGACAAAGGGGUGAAUUCCUUUCUUGUGUUCAUGGCCUACAAAGACAAAUACCAGUGCACUGAUUCCCAGAUGUACGAGAUAUUUGGAAUUAUCAGAGACCUGGGGGCCAUUGCUCAGGUGCAUGCAGAAAAUGGGGACAUCAUUGAGGAGGAGCAGAAGCGAUUGCUCGAGUCUGGGAUCACUGGUCCUGAAGGGCAUGUUCUUAGCCGACCAGAGGAGGUUGAGACUGAAGCUGUGUAUCGUGCAAUAACCAUCGCUAAGCAAGCCAACUGUCCACUGUAUGUCACAAAAGUUAUGAGCAAAGGUGCUGCAGAUACCAUAGCCCAGGCCAAAAGGAAAGGCAUGGUCGUUUAUGGAGAAGCAAUCUCAGCUAGUCUUGGUACUGAUGGAUCCCACUACUGGAGUAAGAACUGGGCGAAAGCUGCUGCCUUCGUCACAUCCCCUCCACUGAGCCAAGACACCACGACUCCAGACUACCUGAACUCAUUGCUGUCCUGUGGAGAUCUUCAAGUAACUGGCAGCGCCCACUGCACAUUUUCAACAGCCCAGAAAGCAGUAGGCAAAGAUAACUUCACACUCAUUCCUGAGGGGACUAAUGGGAUUGAAGAAAGGAUGUCGAUAAUCUGGGACAGAUCUGUGACAACGGGGAAGAUGGAUGAAAAUGAGUUUGUAGCGGUAACGAGUACCAACGCGGCCAAGAUCUUUAACCUGUACCCCCGGAAAGGGCGGGUCGCACUCGGCUCAGACGCUGACCUGGUCAUCUGGAAUCCCAAAGAAACCAAGAUCAUCUCAGCAAAAACACAUCACUUGGCAAUUGAAUACAAUAUCUUUGAAGGGAUGGAGUGCCUUGGGGCUCCAGUGGUUGUAAUGAGUCAAGGCAAAAUAGUCUUAGAAGAUGGGAAACUCCGUGUCACAGAAGGGUCUGGACGUUUUAUCCCUAGAAAGACCUUCCCAGACUUUGUUUACAAAAGAAUAAAAGCAAGGAACAGGAUGGCUGACAUCCGCGGUGUACCAAGAGGCCUUUAUGACGGGCCAGUCCAUGACGUCACUAUGGCAACCAAAGCCGUGGCAUCCACUCCGUCAUGCAGAGGGUCAUCGUGCCCUGGCAAGGCCCAGAUGGCUCCCCUGCGGAACCUGCAUCAGUCUGGAUUUACUUUAUCUGGAAAUCAGAUGGAUGACCAUAUUCCCAGACGCACUACACAGCGGAUUGUUGCUCCCCCUGGAGGCCGAUCUAAUAUUACCUCGCUUUCAUGAUCUUUGAUAUUCAUUUCUUCAGACCAACAGCUCGUACAAUAUAUUGGCUAGUCAUUUCCAGUAUGAAAACACUGCCAAGAUUAUUAUCAGGAAAAGCAAAAAGACCCCCCACCCCCCACUGCCACCUCUGCUUGCUCGUGCAAUACUCAUAUCAACUGCCAAAAGUCUCCAGGCAAACAUUCAUUUUUAUAUAACGUUGUAGCCUAUAACCCAAAGCAGUAUGAUUUUUGCAAUUGUAUAACGGCAUGCAUGUAGAAAGAACUGCUCAUAGUUACAGUAUAUACAUAAUUAUAGUACUUGGUAUAAAUAUUCUGGUGUGCUUUAAUGCUAACUUUAUUCAUAUGCAUAGAUUUCAGAACACAGUUAGAUGCUAAGCUAAACGAUAAUAGCUUUAAUGUACUCCACUUACUGUGUUGUUUGUUAACAGACGUGUACCCUCUGCUGUAAAAGACUAACAGGUUAAUUAUCACAAAUGAUUUACAAUAAUCAGUUGGGAUUAAUGCGUUAUCUAUAAUUAUAGUUAUUUUUUUAUUUUAUUUUUUCAUGAGUUUGAAUUUUCUUAAAAUACUUUUUUUCCUAGCUAAAAUGUCUAGGUGCAGAAUUAAAUCAAAAUGAUAGUGUCGCUAUAGCAACAUGUUUUUUAAAUGGCCAUAGUACUGCUAUGAUUUUUAUUUCAUCCAGGCCAAACUUAAUUGAAAGGUUUAACAUUAUUAGAUUCAAGCUUUAAUUGCUCAUCUUGGUAUUAGCUCCAGGUUAACCCCCAAGUCUGAGGACUAAAGUUAAAAAAAUGUUUCAGGAAAACAGUUGUCAGUAUGUUUGUAUCUGUCCAUGAGUCACACCAUGCAUUAUAUGAUAUUAGUGGUAAACAUAAAAUGAACGUAUGUCCCAAGUUGUAGCACUGGAACGUCUCCCUGUUUACAUUGUGAUUGUAUUGUAGAUUGUAUUUAUGUUCCCCAUGUACAUUUGGAGCUUCUUGAUGGUAGUCUUGUCUAGAUUUUAGAACCAGUCCUUGCUCCUGGCUGCAAAGUGCAUUAUCACAAGGAAAACAAACCCCCUUUGUUCUGUGGACAUGAUGUUUUGAUUUUUUUUUUUUUUUUUUUAAAUAGAUUUUUAAAUUGGUGCUGUAAAAAAACAUACAGUCAAUGCAUUGAACGACUGUCGUCUUGAACAUUAUUUGUCGUUUUAAAUGUAAGUUGUUCUUGUUCUUCUACCUUUAUAAAUUUGAAAUUUGUACUCUGCAACUUCCUACUAAAGUAACAGUUUUUAAAACCAACAUACCACUACUAAGUUUCCUUGUUUUCUUUCGAAAGCUGUAUUUUACAAACAUGUUUACCUUUUAAACUAGGAUCCAAAUGGGCUGGUGUUUACUGGUAUGACAAAAACCAAUGUACUUAAACUACUCUACCUUCCAGUCUCUCUGUCACUUUGUUUAUCUCAUAUGACCAUUUCAUUUGACGUUACAUGUAAACUAUCAAUUAAAGGCUUUAAAAAUA